AUGGGGAUGUUCCUUGAGCCAAAGGCGUGCAAGGCGUGCGCCAAGUCGAAGCGCAAGUGCGGUCGCGAGCAGCCUGCGUGUUUGCGCUGCCAAUCCCGUGGUACCGCCUGUAACUACCCGCUGUCGCGACCAGGCACCUUUGUGGCGAUCCUCGACGAUGCGCCGCCUACGGUGAACACGGCCCCCACACCGUCGCUGGCUAUCACAUCGACCAACGGCACCCCCGAGGCAAGCAUUCCGUCAGCGCGCUGCGUGCUGAGCCGACCCCCUCUCUCACCCUCAACAGCGUCAGCCGCGAUUGUGCCACCUGGAACUCCAUCGGCUUGCCAUACGCCAAUACCACCCAUCAGCUCACACCAGUGCCUGGCCUGGUUUCUCAACACCAACUCGUGGAAGAUUGAACACUCGGAAUCGUCCGUGUCGACAGCAUACAGCAGCUCAUUUCUCAAGAUGUAUGUGGCACGCAUGCAGGACUGGCUGGCGCAGUGGGCCGACACUGGGACGAAUCCGUUUAUUCACCUGCGCCUCUACGAUGCGCGGUUCCCGGACAACCUGCAGAUCGCCUACACGACACUGACGACAUACCUCAACCGCACCAAGCACAACGCCGAGCUCGUCCUCGACAUUGUCGAGAACCAGGCGAGCAAACUGGUCGACAGCAGCGACGACGGCAUCCUCUCCGGCGGCAGCGACGCGUCGCACGACCUCAGCCUCCUGGACCAGUGCGCCCGGUUGCACGCCCUCGUUGUGUACCAGACGAUCAGCCUCUUUGACGGCGACAUCCGGGCGCGUCACCUUGCCGAAGGCCGACUCCCACUGCUGAGCCGCUGGGCAAUGCAGCUCGUGGAGAGCGCGCGACAAAAAUUUUCGUCGACAUCGGCUGUGCUGGACAUGACGACGGCCCUGUAUUUUGGGCCCAUGGACAGCCACGAGCAUCCCUGGUACCUUUGGAUCUUGACGGAGAGCAUACGACGGGCGUGGCUGAUCGCCAACGGCCUCAAUGCUAUUUAUUGCAUGCUGCAGCGUGGCUGGCACCCGUGUCCCGGCAGCGUCAUGUUUACGACGCGCAGAGGUCUCUGGGAUGCGCCGUCGGCGCUCGAAUGGGAGGCGAACUGCUCGGUCGGCGCGCCGGAGGGAGUCGGAUUUAUGCCCCGGUUCGCGCUGAACCAGCUGUUUCGGACGUCGACGCCGGACCAGGUGGAUGACUUUACGCUGCUCAUGAUGGAGAUUACCUACGGUAUCGAGCCGGUGCAGAAAUGGCAAAAGGAGAAUACGACGAAGGAAUAA